UAUUAUUUAGACAACCCCAAUUACUAUUCAUGAUCAUUUUAAAACAUUAAUGGAUUGUUUCUCAUUCCUACCAACAAUUUCUCAUUUACUUAGUUUCUAUUAUUUAGGCAGAACCUCGAAGCGCCACCGCCACCGCCACCGAAGCAGAAAGUCCGACGAAGAAAUUGAAUGCGGUUGCGAAAUUGCUCCGGCGGUUCCUUUUCCGACUCCGCCCCGUAAUUCUGGCACGAAUUUUCGCGUAAUCGACGACGAUGAUGUCGAAGAAGGAGAAAUUUUCGAAGACGACGACGAUGUCGCGAAACAGCACGCGCAAUCUGAAGCUGAGCCUGGCGAAAUUGACCCGACCGGAGAUCGAGGUGUUCGAUCCGAUAACAAAAAUCUGGGACAUUUUGCCAGGGAGACUUUGUUGCAUGCUAAAGAUAUAGAAACUAAAACUCAGUGCAACGUUGAUGAUAGAUUUAUUAGUCCUGAUGGAGAAGAUGGGGCAUGCUAUCAGAGUCAUGUUGGCCGUGGAAUACAUGAAGAUGGUAUGGGGAAUGGUCUUUUUGAUGGAAAGGAUGGUAGAGCUAGUACAGAUGGUAUGGGCAAUGGGCUUUUGGAUCAUAAACAUGGAUGUUUUAAAGGAAAUGAGAAACUAAAAGGUUAUUGUGAUGAUGAGGAUGUGGAGGUUGAUGGAGGGAAAGUUGGUUACUAUAAAAAUUCUUCCUCAGAAAGUGGAAGAGAGAAAGAUAGAAGAUCAAGAUAUUCACAUUCUCGUGAUAGAUAUAGAAGUCGAUCAAGAUCAACUGGUCAUGCUACGGACAGGUCUCAUUCUGGUAGUAUAGUGGAAGAACAUGCUCGUUCAAAGAGAAAGCACUCUGGUGAACAGGGGGAUGAUUCAUAUGCUAGUAGACUGAAGACUGACUAUGACCUUGAUGAUGAAAGAAUGAUGGCAAGCAGAAGGGAGAGUAGAGAUUUGGUGGUGGAUAAAAGAAGGGAACACAGGACAAGUUAUCAUACUCAGGAGGCUUGGGGUAGGGCUAGGAGUAGCGAUAGAGAUGUUGAUAGAGACUUAAAGAUGGAAAAAGAACAAGAGAGGAGUAGGAAUAGGGAGGUCAAUUGGGUGCAUAGAAGGGAAAAAGAACGUGAGAGGAGUUGUGAGAGGCACAGAAGGGAUGUAGAAAAAGAUAGGAGGGAAAGAGAGGAUGAUAGGGAUAGGAGAAGAGAAAAGGAAAGCGAUAGGAUCCGUGAGACAGUGUUUGAGAGGGAUAGGAGAAGGGAUAAGGAAAAAGAUCAAAGUAGAGACAGAACAAGGGGUGAUGAGAGGGUCAGAGACCAGGAGACUGCUGAACAUAAUGAUAGGAGUUGGAAAAGGGAUAAAAUUAAGGAGAGGGAGAAGCGAGAUGAUAUAAAGAGGCACAAGGAUAGAGGCAAUGGCAUGGGUAAGUAUCUGUCUCAUGAGGAUGAUUAUUAUGAUGCUCAUGAUAGAUAUAGAAGGCGUUUGAAACAAGAAGAAAGAGAGUGCCACCAAGAAAGAAAAAGAAAAUCCUCGCACGUAAAGGUUUAUAAUUCUAUGGGCAGUACCCUGAUAGAUGAUGCAAACAAACUAGAGAGAGGGGAGGAUGAACAAGAUGACUUAGAUGAGAAGGUUACAUUGCAAUUACCUGAUCAAGAAGAGGAAGAUUUCAAUAGGGUUAAAGAGGAGAGUAGAAGGAGAAGGGAGGCAAUCUUAGAGAAAUACAAGAAGCAGCAUCAACAAAUAGAACUAAAUACAGAAAAUGAAGGAAAAGACAGACAAGCUGUGGAGAUUCCUCCUAGCAUUCCUGAUGCUCUUGAUGGUAAGAGUGAUGGUGUUGAUGAUGUGGAAGUUGAAACAUUAUUCUCAGUCAGGAAAUCUCCUGCGGAAAAUGGGAAUGUUGCUUCUGAUAAGAUCUCUAGUGCUGGUGGCCUUGGAGAGGGCUCUCCUAAGAGUGAGAGAUCAGAUGACAAGUUUUGUGAUGAUAUAUUUGGUGAGACACCAACUGGAGUUCAGAAAUCAGGUAAAGGAGAAGGUUUACGGAUUGAGAGGGGUGGCCUUCACGACAAUUGGGAUGAUGCAGAGGGUUAUUACAGUUACCAUUUCGGUGAAGUACUUUAUGGCCGAUAUGAAGUCAUUGCAGCUCAUGGGAGGGGUGUCUUUUCAGCAGUGGUCCGGGCAAAAGAUCUUAAAAAUAGUAAUGGUGAGCCCAGAGAAGUUGCCAUAAAAAUUAUUCGUAGUAAUGAUACAAUGUACAAGGCUGGUAUGGAUGAGUUAGUCAUAUUAAAGAAAUUAGUAGGUGCUGAUCCGGAUGAUAAGUGUCAUUGUGUUCGUUUCCUUUCAAGUUUUAAGUACAAGAAUCACCUUUGUUUAGUUUUUGAAUCUCUCCAUAUGAAUCUGCGUGAGGUUUUAAAGAAGUUUGGUCGCAAUAUUGGCCUUAGGCUAACUGCAGUUAGGGCGUAUGCUAAACAACUUUUUAUUGCACUUAAGCAUCUCCGGAACUGUGGUGUUCUCCAUUGUGAUAUAAAGCCAGAUAAUAUGUUGGUGAAGAGGCAAAAAAUACUUUUAAGUUUUGUGACUUUGGUAAUGCCAUGUUUGCUGGUAAAAAUGAAGUUACACCAUAUCUUGUGAGUCGCUUUUAUCGUGCCCCUGAAAUCAGUAAGUUACUUUGCAGUACAGUAAUUGCAUAUUCCCAAGUCCUAACCAUUUUUCUUGUCAUUUUGAAUAUUUAAUGGGUUUUUACUGUUGGGCUUUCAAACUUUUCUAUGCAGUACUUGGCUUACCCUAUGAUCAUCCGUUGGAUAUGUGGUCUGUAGGAUGUUGUUUGUAUGAACUCUAUACAGGGAAAGUUCUUUUUCCAGGUUUUACUAACAAUGACAUGCUAUGGCUCCACAUGGAAUUGAAGGGUAUUUUUCCGAAAAAGAUGCUUCGUAAGGGAGCAUUUAUUGAACAACAUUUUGAUCAGUACCUGAAUUUUCUUGCUACAGAGGAGGACCCUGUGACGAAAAAGGCUAUAAAGCGGAUGAUUGUAAACAUAAAGCCAAAAGAUAUUGGAACAAUCAUCAGUGGCUCUCCAGGGGAGGAUCCAAAGAUGUUAACCAAUUUUAAGGAUCUUAUGGAAAAAGUUUUUAUAUUGGAUCCAGACAAGAGGUUGACAGUCUCACAGGCAUUGAAUCACCCAUUCAUCACUGGCAAGGGAACAAUGUUGCUGAUUUUGACUCCCACAAUGAUGUUCACUGAUAUUUGUACAUAGUGUUAAAAUUCAUAUUGAGAUUCUAAUUAUUUGGCAUUAUUUAUGUUCUCUGUACACCCAAGGGGUAUCAGCACAGUUGUUGGUCUGUUCACGUGAAAAAAGGGUGAUGUCUAGUCAGAGUUAACACGCCGUUGGCAGUUCUUUCAGUGGAAAGUACUCUUUCUAUUGAGACCUGCCAAUGGUUUGAGGCAUCCCUCCCGUGAUUAGAUGCUUAAAAGGCACCCAGGAGAAGGUACCUUGACUUGUUUAUUGGGAGAUUAAUUUGAUCGCAAUAGAGUAAAUUAUGAUUUCCUUUACAAAUUUUUCCAUUUCCAAUAGGAUAGUUGCUGGUUUUAUUUAGAGAAAUAAUUUGAGUUUAAAUGGUCUUUUUUGAGUCCCGAGGAAAUUCAAUGAUCAUGUGAGCCUAGUAUUUUUUGUUUAAAGCUAGGUAGCUUGGUUAGGGGAAUGGGCAUGAUCUUUGGACCUUUUCUAUGUUUUUUACUUUUUUCUGCUUUGUGGGUGUUGCUUGCUGUCAUGGCUUGAAUCAGGCUGUGUAUCAGAUAUUUUCUUUGUUAAAAUUAUAUAGUUUAGCUUUUCUUUCCAUCAAACAGUUUGAAUUUUUUUACAUUUAUGUUCUUAAAUUUUCUUUUAUUGCAUAUCCUAAUGAACUUGCAUUGUGUCUUAUUCAUGGCUGGUCACUUUGGAGGCAUUCCAUUGGAGGUGUUUGGCUGUAUUCUUGAAGCAAACCUAAUCUCAGUAAGUAAUUCUUUGAUUCAGAAACCUUUUUUGUUAAGCCUGUGGAAUGGAAUAAAGUUGAUGCUACUAUUUAACCAAGGCAUCAAGAUUUGAUUUUUGCUUUUUGCUUUUUUAGGUGUCAUACUUUGGUCUUGCAAUUUUGUAAGUAUGUAUAAGAAUUAUUUACUGUAAGUUGUGUGUCAAUGUGGACCGCACCUCAUGCUAUUUGUAAUAUGGAAAAGGGAAUCAGUAUUGAUUACAAGAUCAAUCAAUUACUGAUUAAUAGGAAAUAGAAUAUUCUAAUAAUAAAUAUAAUAUCAGGAAUAAUAUCAAAACAUAAACUCGCACUCCCCCUCAAGCUGGAGAAUGUGUUGUAUGAACCAAGCUUGUUACAAAUGUGGUAAACUCAAUAGAAACUAAAGGCGGUUUGAGUCUUGUGGUUGCGCUAGAUAAACAUGGCUCGACGACAGCUAACGAAGGCUUACAAUGAUGAUGGAGUCCAGUGUGACGCUUGUCGAAGAUACGUCACGCGUCAUGUGCAUGAACUUCACACACCAGGGCCUUUCGUGGGGUUGCGUGCAGAAUGUUUUGAGUUGGCAGCGCAUGUGGACGACGUGGUGGCGGUGUUUUGAGUUGGCUGCGCACAAUGGUCGAAGGUGAGCUUUGACAAAAAGGCAUCAGAAAGUUUGUCAUACAAGGGCAGAGUAGUCGUGUGGUACUAUUCACUGCUAAGAGAGGCUACCUAAAAGGGAAAACAAAGGGAAACCUUCAGGAUAAGAGCUCCGAUCACAUGAAACUUUUGGGUUAGGGUCAUCCAGGGUGGGCGACUUAGUCGCCAGACGCGUUAUCAUAGUGGAGCGCGGAAGUGUUGUUUGGCACGUAGCAGAUGGGGCGUGUGAGAGCACAUUAGAUGUGGGAUGCCAAUGUUGUAACCAUUGCCUUGUAGAUCAGUAGUAGGUGAGUCAGAUGGUGUGGCCACCGGUUGGUCAGAAAAUGCAUCAGAAAUGUUGAAAAAUACCACCAGAAAGCGGAAACAGAUGAAAAAGGGUCAUCAGAAGAAAUGACAACCAGCAGGAAGUUCCACUAGGACAGUAGGUCGUCGAAAAAGUGAUAGCAGCCGGUGGUGGCCAAAAAAGUUGCCAAGAAAGGGUUGUUGGAAUAAGUACCACGACUGGAAAGGUCCAUCAGGGCGGUGGGGGAUGGUUUUCGUUAUUCCUCUAUAAAGAAUAACUUGUGCUGUGAUACCAUAUAAGAAUUAUUUACUGGAAGUUGUGUGUCGAUGUAGACCACACCUCAUGCUAUUUCUAAUAUGGAAAAGGGAAUCAAUAUUGAUUACAUGAUUACUCUUAGUUCUCUCUCUCUCUCUCUCACACACACACCAAAUUUCACAAAUUGCAAGAUAAUAAUCAUUUCAUUUUAAGUUUCCAGCUGUUUCUGAUGGUGAAUGUUAGUGUAAACAAUAGUUUGAUAUAUAGUUUCUUAUGCCUAUGUUAUUGCUUUUGACUUCUAAA